UCACCUAAAGGUGCUUACUCAAGUGUGCGGCGAUCAGCUGUGAAGGAUGGCGGCAAGUGCCAGGUUUAGUUGGUGUCUGCUCGCCGGUGCCAGGGCCAGGAGCUGGAGCGCGACCUCUGGUGCCACCCACGACUGGAGAGUGACGAGGGCCGGCCACAGGCACCCAGUCACAGCCCUCAUCACCAGGGCUCUGAGCUCCAGCUUAGAAGAACAACCUAAUUUUCCCGGAUCCCGCUCCAAGUGGACCGAGAAGCUUGAUUUUGUGCAGCCCGAUCUUUAUGAUGGCAUUCCUGUAUAUCGUGUCAUGGACCGUAAGGGGCAGCUUAUCGAUGAAGCGUCUGAUCCCAAGCUAGGUGAGGAGGUGGUGGUGCGCAUGUAUCACAGGAUGACUCUACUAAACACUAUGGAUCGCAUUAUGUACGAGUCACAGCGCCAGGGACGAAUAUCCUUUUACAUGACGAACUAUGGUGAAGAAGGAACUCACAUUGGCUCGGCUGCAGCUCUUGAUGAAGGGGACCUUGUGUACGGUCAAUACCGUGAAGCAGGUGUACUGAUGUGGCGAGGGUUCCCCCUGGACCGCUUUAUGAACCAAUGUUAUGGCAAUGAAGGAGAUAAAGGCAAGGGGAGACAGAUGCCGGUCCAUUAUGGGUCCCACGAGCACAACUUUGUCACCAUUUCUUCACCAUUAGCCACACAGAUGCCUCAAGCUGUUGGAAGUGCAUACGCCUACAAGCGCGCCCAAAAUGGCAAGUGUGUCAUCUGUUACUUUGGAGAAGGAACGUCCAGUGAAGGUGAUGCUCACGCUGCAUUCAAUUUCUCUGCAACCCUUGAGUGUCCUGUAAUCUUCUUCUGUCGUAACAAUGGAUAUGCCAUUUCAACCCCUACGAGUGAGCAGUAUCGGGGAGAUGGUGUAGCUGCUCGAGGACCAGCAUAUGGAAUGGCCACCAUUCGUGUCGAUGGCAAUGACGUUUUUGCCGUGUACAAUGUCACCAAAGCUGCACGUCACAUUACCAUUACGGAAAAUCGACCAGUUCUCAUAGAAGCUAUGACUUACAGAAUUGGCCACCAUAGCACAUCAGAUGACAGCUCGGCUUACCGCUCUGUAGACGAGGUGCGUCACUGGGACUCGACGCAGCACCCUAUUGCACGCUUACGUGCCUACAUGACUGCUCAAGGAUGGUGGGAUGAAACAAAGGAAAAACAAUGGAAAGAUGAUUGUAAACGCCAGGUAAUGCAGGCCUUUGCUAGAGCCGAGCGUCGUCUGAAGCCUAGUUGGAAAGAAAUGUUUACAGAUGUCUACAAGGAAAUGCCUAACCACAUUCGAGACCAGUAUGAGUACAUGAAUGCUCAUGUCGAGGAAUACGAGGACCAUUAUCCUGUCAAGAAUUUUGCGAAAUAGGAUUUAUUAUGCCUUAGAAAAGUACAGAUAUAAAAUUAGCUAUUGGAGUGUAGCUGAUAAUAGGUCUGCCAUUUAUCCACGUAUAUUUAAGCUGCUGUACAGUAUAUUUAUUUCAAGGUUUGAACAAAUUGAAAAAAUGCCUCCCUAUAGUAUUUUAUUUUGUGGUACUCUUUACUGAAACUGUCAAAAGCAUUUAUGUAUGCAUUUGUGUUUUCAUGCAGUGAAGAAAAGUAGGAAGAUUCUGCAAUUUAUUAAAAUUAGUACUUGAGAAUCAUUGGAUUUUGUUUUGUGACAAUGUGUGUGGGGAUUGGUUAGCAUUGCUCUGUCCAUACAAGCUGAGGCGGGACCAAAGAGCCAAAGCUCAACCCCCGCAAGCACAAUUAGGCGAGUACAAGUUGGCUAAUACACUGUCGUGGAUGUGGAGCUCAUGGUUGCGUUCCCUGAUCAUCCAAAGUGGUUAGAAUAUUAGAACAAGUUCGUAAAGUGUUGUUGAAUGUUUUCAUACAUUUCAUUCCUCUCGAUUGUGUCACGUGACUUAAGAACAUGAGAAGAUUUAUUAUUAGUGUCCCCGACUUGGUGCUGUCUUUUGAUAAUUACCAAUUUAUUAUUAGCCCGUGUAAUGCAGCUGCUAUUUAAGCACUAUCUUCUUGAGGUUAUCUUGAGAUGAUUUCCGGGCUUUAGUGUCCCCGCGGCCCGGUCCUCGACCAGGCCUCCACCCCCAGGAAGCAGCCCGUGACAGCUGACUAACACCCAGCUACCUAUUU